AUGACUCGUUAUGGCGGGUUGGGUAGGACGCGCCCAAAGAAGCUCACCCCCAAGGCGUCCAUUCCCAUUGUUAGCGAGAAUGAGAUAGAUGCAAUCGAAGAAGAGAUUCAGAGUGGCCUACAGCAGAUCGAAACUGGUGUUGAAAAGGCCGAGGAGUCUGAAUUCCAUUUGCAAGUUGCAAUAAAUGCAACAGCACAAGGAAAAGUCGUAAAUGAGGCUCAUAUCCCAACGCCGGAGACUGUCCUCAGUAACCUCCAAUAUGACGAGCUAUACCCCCCGGUCUUCUCGCAGCCUGCGACAUAUAUUCGCUUCUCCUCCACCGUGGAGGAUUGUUGCGGCUGCCCGUAUGACAUGACCGAAGAGGAUGAUGUAUUCCUGAAGAUCAUGAACGAGAAGCGGGACCCCAAUGACCGGUGCACAGAAGACCAAUUCGAGGAAGUAAUUAACUUCUUCGAAGAAACUGCGCGAUUAAAGCAGCCGUUUGCAGCGGUAGAUAGCCCGCCGGUCUUGAGCUUUCCGGAUAUGCAAGAGUCCAUGGAUGCAACCGUAGAGGAUAUCGUAAGGCGAUUUGCCAAGGACGUAUAUGAGCAUUGGAAGACAUUGAGGACGAACAACGGCAAUCAAUCAUUACUUUCCAACCUGAAGUUCGAAACUGGUCAAGAUACAGAUGAUACAGAUCCUUAUGUCUGCUUCCGCAGGCGUGAGGUUCGGCAGAUUCGCAAGACUCGCGGCAGAGAUGCCCAGAGUGCGGACAAACUAAGGAGGCUCAGGAAGGAACUGGAGGAUGCUCGUCAACUGGUUGCUCUUGUGCGGCAACGAGAAGUGGCGAGAAGAGAGAUGUUGGCGACAGAGCGACAUCUUUUCUUGCAGCGGGCUGAAGUCAAGGAUAUGAAGAGGAAGCUCAAUAUCAAGGACGAUGACGAGGACCUCAUCAACCAAAAGCCCAAGAAGAAGCCUAUGGAGGCACCGCCCAUGCAACGCCCAGCGGCAGCACAGCUCCGUAUGCCGCAAAAGCCUGGGACCCAGGCUGCGGAAGACUUGCAGUUGCUGGAGGACGUCCAAGCGGAGAAGGAAAACGAAAUUCUCCGCGAUAUCAAGGCGCACAUCGCCAAGCAUAUCAAAUGGAACGAGGGCUACGUGGACUUCACACGUGCUCCGCUCUCCCCGUCCCCUGAAAGGACAUUUGAACAUUCAUUCCGUCCUGCGAUCACAGCGCAAUUGCCAACUCCCCCAUCCUCAGAUUCUUCCGAAAAUAUGCUGGAUUCAGCACUAGAUACCGCGGGUCCCAUAUCUUUCCGUGAUAAACUUGCCGCACACGCUAUGAUAACGAGUGAGGAUGCCAAUAAAAUGCCCUCAUUCAGAAGACGUAUUGGGCGUGGCGGGCGUCUGCUGAUUGACCGCCGUAACCUCGCUUCUCGAUGUAGUGUGGAGUUAGAUCACUGGAAGGCAGACAGAUUCAAGUUUGAUCAGGAAGAUUCAGACGAGGAUAUCGACUAUGAGAUGGAUCAGUUUGAUAUUCAGAUCAUGCAGAAUCGGGCAAUCAUGCUCGCCAAAGCUCGAGACCAAGCACAUGCUCAUGCACAGGCAGCGCAAGCACGGCGACUCCAGGCUGAACAAGCCGCAGCCAACAACCCAAAUCCGGGGCAAACGAUGGGAUCAAAUCCUGGGCAAACGAUGGGAUCAAAUCCUGGGCCUGGCGCCAUUGCCCCGACAGCUGAAACUUGA